GCAGGGUAAUCGGAGAGAUGCGGUGACGAGCGUACUCCUAACGCUCAACACAAUGAACAACUUUAACACACUGAAAGAAAGGGAGAAAAUUGAAACUAUUUUGCGUGAAUUUAAAUGAAACAGAAGUACAAUAAUAGGUUACCGGUAAGUGUACUGGAUGGAAUAAGCCGGCUCUAGUCGUAUCCGAAAUACGUUACCGAUAUUGACUCCGUGUGGCAGUGCAAUCUUUUACUCAAGUUUUCUCGGCUCUCAGCUGUGUUUCUUCGGUGCAAAAAAGCUUUGGGAACGAAACCUGUCUAUUGGGAACAUCGGAAUUGAACAUUUGAACAUGGCUGACACUCUGGAAUGGUUAUUUCGGGAGCUAUUAUUACAAAAUAUUGUCUUAUUUUUGGUCGGUGGAAUAAUAUUUGGUGCGUCAUUGUUUGUGCAGAAAUUCGGUCUUCUUUAUCAAUUUUUUCACAAGGUAGAAAAGGAGUCCAAGCGUCACGGUGGGGAACUCGUAGCCCAGGUUUUAAAAGAUCAUGGAACGCAAUUCCUUUUUACGCUCGUUGGAGGCCACAUCUCACCCAUUCUAGUAGCUGCAGAGAAAUUGGGAAUUAGAGUCGUCGAUACAAGACAUGAAGUAACAACUGUAUUUGCUGCAGAUGCUGUUGCCAGAUUAUCAGGCCGCAUUGGUGUAGCUGCAGUAACUGCUGGACCGGGCCUCACUAACACUGUGACCGCUGUCAAGAAUGCACAAAUGGCUGAAUCCCCUAUUCUCCUUAUUGGAGGUGCAGCACCUACAUUGCUCAAAGGCCGAGGAGCUCUUCAAGAUAUUGAUCAAAUGAGUUUGUUCAAACCACUUUGCAAGUUUUGUGCUCGAGUCACGAGAAUCCGAGAUAUCGUACCAACUGUAAGGCAGGCGAUAGCUUGUGCUCAGUCUGGAACUCCUGGCCCAGUUUUCAUUGAGUUUCCUAUUGAUGUUUUGUAUCCGUAUGACUUGGUAAAACGUGAACUGGCAUCCAGUGGGGGAUCAGCAACAGGACCAAAAUCCCUCCAACAAAGAAUAGUGCAAUGGUAUCUCAAUAAUCAUCUCUGCAACUUAUUCGCUGGAGCAUUCGAACCUCGAGAUACCGGCCCUAUUCCAAUUCAUUUUCCGAGAGCAUCGCAAGAUCAGAUCCAAAGUUGCAUUGAGCUUGUAAGCCGAGCAAAGAAACCGGUGUUUGUUCUUGGAAGUCAAGCAACAUUACCUCCUGUCGCAGCUGAUGACCUGAGAAGUGCUUUAGAACAAAUGGGAAUCCCUUGCUUUCUGGGUGGAAUGUGCAGAGGAUUGCUUGGUAGAAACUCGCCGAUACAUAUUCGACAGAACAGAAGAGCAGCUUUGAAGGAGGCAGACCUUGUCAUCUUGGCAGGAGCGGUUGCAGACUUCAGACUUGGGUACGGAAAAGUUUUGCCGAGGAAAGGAAAGAUUAUUGCUGUCAAUAGAAAUAAGGAUCAAUUAUACAAGAACUCUGACAUGUUCUGGCGUCCCACCCUUGCAAUACAAGCGGAUCCUGCUACUGUGAUUCUUGCAAUUGCAGAAGGGUUGAAGGAAGGAUUCAAUUGUGCAAAAGACUGGCCCGAGAAACUGAAAAAGGGUGAUGAUGAAAAGGAAGCCACAAACUUAAAGAAAGCUGAAGACCCAACUGAUGUUCAUUUGAAUCCUCUGAAGGUUCUCCAUGAAUUAGAAGAUAUUCUACCUGAAGACAGCAUUCUUGUUGCUGAUGGAGGAGACUUCGUUGGAUCUGCUGCAUAUAUUGUCAGACCUAGAGGUCCAUUGAGAUGGUUAGAUCCAGGUGCAUUUGGUACACUUGGGGUGGGAGGAGGUUUUGCUCUCGGUGCAAAGCUUGUUCGUCCAGAAUCAGAGGUUUGGAUCAUUUAUGGAGAUGGUUCGCUAGGAUACAGUGUCGCUGAGUUUGAUACUUUCACUAGACAUAAGCUGCCUGUGAUCGCCUUGGUGGGGAACGAUGCCUGUUGGACUCAAAUAUCUCGGGAUCAGGUUCCGAUAUUCGGAAGCAAUGUUGCAUGUGGACUGUUAUUCACAGAGUAUGAAAAGGUUGCUAUUGGUUACGGAGGUCAAGGGUUACCACUAGGUCGUGGUGAUGACAUCAGAGCAACAUUGACAAAAGCUCAGGAAAUAUGCAAAGAAGAAGAGAAACCCGUGCUCGUGAAUGCAUUGAUCGGCAAAACUAAUUUCCGAGAGGGUUCAAUCUCAGUGUGAAAGGAUACGGAUGAUUGGUUUUCAGAAUAAUUGAACCGUGACUGAUUUUAAUAAAAUAUUUAUCUGAACUAUGCUGCUAUAUAGCAAAUAUAUUACUAUCAUUAUCAGGGUACAUGAUUUUGUUAAAGUAAUCCCAAUCAGAAAAAUUACGUCUGUAUAUUUCUAAGCCUUCAAAUCAGAAACAAUGAAAUAUGGGACCUCAUGAUACAACAGACUGCUUGAUUAAAUUACAAUUUUAAACUGUGUAACUGAAAUUCGGGACCUUAAAAAAUUGAACCUAAUAAUCUACAUCUACUCGUGUAAUAACGUUCCAGAUUUUUCGAUUCUCAGUUGUUUUUAACUAUUAUUUUCCAAAUUUAAGGCUCGUUGAAUGAAGUUUGAGUCUAUUAACCAUGUGGGUUUUCAAUCCAUGCUUUAUGAUCGCAAAUAUGUCCCUGAUGGUUGUCACAUUCCAGUCAUUACUUAUGCAAUUAUCCAAUUUUACAGUGUUCCAUUCGUAUAUGUGUUUUGUAUGUAGGUACUUUAUUUGCAAUUUUAUGUUGUUCAAAUCUCACUUAAAAUGCUCCCUAAAAACGUCUCACCUGGAAUUUUCCUAAACUACCCAUUUUGCGCGCUCUUGCAGCAAUUUUAUGAUGUUUUUCAAACCUUGGUCAAAAUGCUCCUUAAAAACGGCUCUCCUAGAAUUUUCUUAAUUACCCAUUUUGUGUUUGUACACCACAGUAUCAAUUCUCAACAGAAAUUACUUGAGCCAUGGGCAUGCAGAUUUCCUCCAAUUCAUUCCUAACAGGACUCUUGACCAUGAUCUGAAUCGGACACUCUAGUAGGCUAACUAUGGUAUUUUCUUGCGAUAUGAUUACUUGCUUGAUGAAUCAAGUUUCUGUGUUUUCUGAGAUUUACACCCUAUUGUUAAUUUGUCCAAUAAAUGUCAACAUUAUUA